AUGGAAGAGAAGAGAGAUCCAAGUGUGCUGUUAAAAAAGUUCAUGGAGUGGACAAAGCCGAAAUCCAAUGCACUUGCAGCCGCAUCAAACUUCCGCGGCCUGGAGCAAGGUGAUCUUAGCCUUGCACAGUACAUUGACAAAGCCACUAUUCUGUGCAACCAGUGUGAAUAUCCUCCAGAAGCUCGUGAUUGACUACUUCGAGAUGCAAUAGUUAUUGGACUAUGCUCCAAAGAGGCCUAUUACAAAUGCAUUGAAAAAGAUUCAGAAUUGAUGCUAGAAGAGGCAAUAGAAAUUGCUCAGAAUCAGGACGCCACAGCACACCAAGUCGGUUACAUGUGA